AUGACCUACUACCGCUUCCAGGCACGGGAGAAUAGCCAGAUCUAUCUCGCUAAUGCUGCGAGUCAGAUCGGUACUGUUUCUGACCCCACCCUGGCGGAGAGAUACCGGAGCAACGGCGUCACUUUGGUCGAUCGCCGAGAUCAAGUGUGGUCGGUGGGCGACAAUGCUGCUCGUCCAUACAUCUUCAUUGAGAUACCGAGGAACUACCCGGAUAGUGGACACCGCACAUUGACCUGCUCGUUGAAUGAUGGCCUACUUAGCUGCACAGAUACGAACAAUAACGCACGCAAUGUGUUCCAGUACUGCACCAAUCUCGGCGAUGCCUUGCUGUUGACCGAAGCGUCCUUCAACACCGGAUCGUGCACUGCCUACACAUUCGCCGCCGUGGAUCCUUUGGAGGUGUGUAAUCCGCCACGAACUACCACCACAACGUCCACCGCUGCACCAACGACGACUACCUCCACUGCUUCGACCACCACUGCUUCGACCACCACUGCUUCGACGACUACCUCUACGGGACUGUCAUGUCCGUCCAAUAAGCCCUUCACUGUGUCGGCGUACAACCUUCAAAACAUGCCUAACGGCGCGCCUGGAGCAACUGGGCCCGGUCAGACGUACCAUCCCUUCGGUUUCGCGACUGGCAGCACGGCAACAGUCCUCCAACUCGAUAGCUCAUGCAACGUGAUCGCCGUGGCCACCGGAGAGAUCAUGUGUACCCUCAUCCGCGACCCGCCUUCUUCAACGCCCCAGCAGGUGUACUUUGGAGCUACCUACGCACACGUCAACGCUGUUUGCAAUGUCGUGCCUGGAACUGACAGUGGGAGAAGCUUUCUCGAGUUGCAGUGCGUGUUUGGAAGCAAUACGGGCAAAGUAUUCGCGGCCGAUAGCGCUGGGAAUUUGUACUCUUCGAGCUCAGACACGGUUGCUCCUAUUCGGGUUGAGGUCAACUAUCGAUCUACUACGACUACCACCACUUCCACGACGACAGGAGCAUCGGCCUCCACAAUCAUGUCUACCCGCACGACCGCUACGACGAUGGCCACGCCAGUAAACAGCGUCCGCAACGCCGGAUUUGAAGAAUUUCCAGAUGGUGCGCAAUACGGUGUUCCGACAUAUUGGCAAGCUUCGGGGCUCGGCUCCGGCUCUUCACUUCAACCCAAGGGUCCCGCCUACCAUGGGAUCUCCUACGGCGCCCUCUCAAGUGCUACAACGUCGACAGACACAACAAGCCAAGACGGAUCCCUCUCUCAAGUCAUCGCAAACCCUGGUCUGCCUUAUGCUCAGAUCCGGUACUUUUAUUCUGUCGGCAGCAUGAUCUCCAAGGAGGUCUGCACUUUGACGGUGUCUCUCGGUGGCGUAACAGUCCAGAUCGUGACCUUCAAGUUCGGCGAUGGCUACUCAGACGGAACCGAAUGGAAAGCCGGAUAUGUUGACAAUAUACCAACCCAGGGUGGAGAUGCCACGCUAGAGUUCCGGCUGCACUGCGACUUUGCACUCAGCACGUACAAGACCACGAGUGUGCUACUGGAUGAGGUCUCUUUGGAGUUCACAUCUGACACGAGGACUCCUACGCCCCCAGCUGCGACCACCGCCCCGGCUGCACCAUCCUGUCCAUCCAACAUGCCGUUCACUGUCUCGGCGUACAACCAUCCCUCGAUCCCUAACGGCGCUGCCGGAGCAAUCUCUGGUGUGACCUUCGGCUUCAGCACCUCGAACACGGCAGCACUUCUGCAGCUCGAUACUUCCUGCAAUGUGGUGGCUACAAACGGAGGGAACACAAUGUUUGCUUUCACAGACAUUCAAUCCGCGGUCAGAUCGAAGCCUAUCUAUUUCUUUCCCCCGAGCCAGAACCUCGUACGAGCUGUCUGCGAUAUUGUGCCUGGAACUGAGAAUGGCAGGGACUUCCUCGAGCUGGAGUGCGUCUUCGGAAGAAAUACUCUCAAGCAAUUUGGAGCAUCAGAUACGGGCGCCUUGAACUCUGGACCCCCGACACCGUCCACUAACUUUCGCGUGGAGGUCAAAUAUCUGUCCGAUCCGAAGUCGACCACGACCUCAUCUACUCCCACGACUACUGGGACCGAAGUAUGA